GUUUUUGUCACACGGAGAACGACACGUCACGUCGUGAUGGAGAACGACAUGGCCUUGGAGGUUUCAUGGGUUCGUAGACUGCUGGAAGACGUCGAGAAAGAUUACACGGGGAUGGUAGACAGCCUGCUUGCGGAGAACAAACAGCUGGAGGAUUUGCUGAGCCUUAUGGCACAUCACUUGGACAAUCUGGCUUCCAACUACCCGGGCAAGGAGUUAGAAGGACCUGACGCGGCGGCGGCGGCUGGAAAGAUCACCGCGCAGCUCAGCCAGCGCCUGGAGGAGCUGCAGCGGGAGGCUUUGCAAGCGCGAGAAGCGCAGCAGGACAGGGUGUCGCUGCAGAAACGGCUCUGCGAGGAGGAGAUGGGAUCCAAGCAGCUGCAAAGACGGCUGGAAGCGAUGCUUCAGGAGAACGGAGCGGCCCCGUUCGAGGAGUCGGAGAUCGACGACGAGAUGGGCAGGGCAGCUUUGAUUGCCAAGGUGCGUGGCGCAGAGAAGGCCAGAGCUCAGGAGGCGCGCAGUCGGGAGCUGGCCGAAACACGCUGUGCUUUGGUGGAGCGCCGGUGCCGGGAUGCUGUGGCAAGGCUUGAGGCGGAGCUGGCAGAAGCUCGCUCUCAAAGUGCAGUUACAUGGCCCAAGGACAAGCCCAUGGACAUCCAAAGUGACGGUCCUGCACGCUCUCCUCUGAAGGAAGAGGUGCAGGCUUUUACUCAGCAGAUGGAGAUGGAGCGAAAGGUCCAUGACCAUCGGCGGUCCUUGUUGGAGCGCUACAGCCUGCCUGACAAGGUGCCAGCCAUGCCAAGUCAGACAAGGCCGGUGACUGAAACUCCGCGAAGCGUGAUGAUCACUGACGACGAGGAUUAUGGCAUGGAGGGGUACCUCGAGCGUCCAGUCGAUGGCAGCUACGAGAAGGUCUUCGUCGACAUCCGCGACGGGCAGUUCAGAGUAAAGAGCAAUAAAAGCUCGCCCAGCACUCUAAGCGAGAGUUCCUUGAUCUCUCUGAAUGGUCCUGCCUGCCUAACCAGCAGAUGCGCCCGAUCCUUUGAGGAGCGCCGUGGGGGGCAUUUUGACGCCACGAGGUAUGGGUAUGCGUUGUUUUGAG